UCCAGUCUCCCAGGCAGCAGCAGCAAAGUGAGAGGUGCACGCAUACACAACGUAUACGUACGUCCUUGCCUCAAGCGCGCGCGCGCGAGCCGAUUCUCUGGGUCCUCUGCAGUGGGUUUUGUCAGUGCUCGACGCGGGACAAGGGAAGCGUAGAGAAGUAAGCGUGAAUCAGGUUAGCGGCAACGACGACGAGAAGUACAAGGAAUUGAUGGCCAAGUGGCGUAGGUAGUGGUCGUGCGCGCGUACGUGUUCGCGAUGAUGACCUCGGCGCUGGCGGCGAUACAAUGAGUCCGGCGACGGACACGCUGAACGACGAUACGGACAUAGCCCAUCACGAGGAGCAAAUCGCCAACGUGAUGAAGUCCUUGUCCGAGGGUGAACUCGGCACGGACGAGGUUAAACAACCCCCCGCAAACAAUAACAACGCAACCACCGAGGCAAAGAGAAGUAGCUUGAAGAGGACUCUCACCCUGCCCAGGAUACUGCAGAUUCCAAGGAGACGAGUGAAGGAAAAUAACCCUACAGAGCAAUCGAAUCUUGAUCAAGGUAGAAACAUGGGAGGUAAAAAAGUCACUCGCAAAGUCUCCAUUAAGGAACAGUUCAAGGUGAUGAAACAGUAUGUGUCCAACCUUGUGACUUAUAAUCACAAGACAAGCAACAGGGAUGGGCUUGACUCGAGUGUAGGGGACAUUCGGCAGGCCUUAUCAAGGCCAGCUCACAUGCCUCCCGACAGUGUGCCUGGUGUAGUUGGCUUAAGAAAUCAUGGCAAUACAUGUUUCAUGAAUGCAGUGUUACAGUGCUUAUCGCAUACAGACAUUCUAGCAGAGUACUUUGUUCUGGAUGCAUAUAAAAAUGAUCUGUCCAAAAAGAAAAACUCUAAGAAGUAUGGAACUAAGGGUGAAAUAACUGAGCAGCUAGCAUUAUUGCUUAAGGCUAUAUGGUAUUGUAAAUAUGAGCCUGAGAUGAGUACUGCGUUCAAAAGUGUUGUGGACAAGUAUGGCAGUCAGUACAGGGGCAAUUUACAGCAUGAUGCCCAGGAGUUUUUACUGUGGUUGCUGGAUAAAGUGCACGAAGACUUGAACCAGGCCACCAAUAAGAAGUACAAGAUAAUCAAGAACUCGUUCAAGAAUCCCGAGAGCGUGGCUGCGGAAACCUGGGCGAACCACAAGCGCUGCAACAACUCGUUCGUGCACGAGGUGUUCCAGGCGCAGUUCCGCUCGAGCCUGACGUGCCCGCGCUGCCAGCAGCAGUCCAACACGUUCGACCCGUUUCUGUGCGUGUCGGUGCCGGUGCCGCAGGCCCAGCGCCAGAUGAGCCUCUACGUGAACGUUCUGUACACGUCGCAGCAGCCGCGCCAGGUGCGCAUCGGGGUGAGCGUCAACCAGGCUGCCAACGUGAAAGAGCUGCGGGAGAUCCUUGCCAGUGACACCGGCAUCGACGACAGCCACAUGCUGCUCACCGAGGUGCACGACGAGGGCUUCCACAGGACCUUCUCGGAUUGCCAGCCGUUGUCGGUCAUCACGGAGAACGACCCGCUCUACUGCAUCGAGCUGCCGCAGCUGAAGGAGCCCACCGAGCAGGCCUACAUCCUCCUCGUGUGGAUCAACGUGCUGGUGAAGGGCGAUCUGCGCCAGAGAUUCGGCAGUCCUUACACGAUGCAGGUCUCCCGCGAGACCUCGUACCAGGACCUGCAGAAGCUGCUGCUGAAGGAGAUGCACGCGAGCCUUGCCGAUGAGGUGCUCACGUCCAGCCAAGAGCCCGGCCUGUUCAACAUUCGCGUGGCCGAUCCGGCCGCGACGCCGGCCCAAGACGAGCAUCCCUGCAUCGAUCCCUGCGUCGAGCACCCGCUCUACGUCGAGCAGAUCGAGCAGGCGCUCGCUUUGUGCGCUGACGACUCCGGUCCUCAGCACGUCAAGCUCAUACUCGAGUGGGACGAGGCCACCAAGUGCAACAUCAUUCACGACGACAACGACCAGAUCGAGGAGCACGCGAGCGUUAAGCAGCUCAAGAACAAUUCCGAGCUUGGUACCGCGGUGACGCUGGAGGAAUGCUUUGAACUGUACACACGGGCAGAGACACUGGGCGUGGAGGACGCAUGGCAUUGUCCUCACUGCAACCGCAAGCAGGAAGUAGUGAAAAAGUUGGGUCUCUGGUCAUUGCCGUCGAUCCUCGUGAUCCACCUUAAGCGCUUCAGGCAACAAUCCAAGCAAAGAUCCACUUCCAAGCUCACAAUGCUCGUCAACUUUCCACUCUACGGUUUCGACAUGACUCCGCAUCUGGCACGCAGUGACGAACAGACAACUCAUUCGGCCAACAACAUGACCGAUAGGCUUACGAAGUGGUCUUGGAAUAAGCCGCGUCUCAGGCAAAACAACCCCAAAUUCCCCGAUGAAAAUGUUUACGAUUUGUACGCUAUUUGCAAUCAUCAUGGGCAGGAUUUACAGGGUGGACAUUACACGGCCUUCUGUCGUAUUCCCUACGACUCUCAAUGGUAUUGUUUUGACGACACGCGAGUCGAGGUCGUAGAUGAGAAGAAUUUGGUGACCAACUCAGCAUACAUCCUCUUCUACCAGAAACGCAGUCCGACAAGUAACUCGUCAAUGGGAAACUCGUCUUCUGCCUCCACAUCAUCAGCCGGCUCGGGUAUCGACCAUUGGAUUACGAAAAUGCCGCCAAAGUUUUUUAAUAAUAAAAAUUCUACGACCAACAUUGGCGUCAUUGGCAACAACAUGGAGAACAACAAUUCGAGCAAGUCGCAAGAGACUCUGUGCCAGGAAAAGGCGAUAGAAGAGAAAAACGUGAAUAAUUUUAACAGGAGGUGCAGAAACUACUCGACUAUGCCGCCCAGCAAACGCUGUGCUGAAAGUGACUUAGAUUUCGAGGAUUACCUGAAGUUUAACUCGGAAUGCGAUGCGGAGUAUGAAGAUGAGGAUGAUGCAUCUGUAAGGAUCGAGUGGACGUCCCCGAAACCCAUGAGGAAGAACUCUUCGAUCUCACUGUCUCAGCAGCAAGCGUCAUCGGCGAUAGCAGCAGCAACAAAGACGACGGCGACGGUAACGCUAUCGCCGACAAAAAAUAUCGAACAAAAUAUAGCGAUAAUUCACGAGUCGACGUUGUAACGUAGGAGCUAAGGCCGCGAGGCUGUAGGUCGCUGGUUGUGCGCCGACUGGAGUGCCUGGAUUUUUGGCCUCGUGUGCCUGUGCGCGUCUCGCCGUGAGCCUACUUUCAUCUGAUUGCGUGCUGUUUUAUCCGACGAGUGCUGAUUAAACACACUGUACUUGAUAAUUUUUUAUUGUGUUUCAAGAGACGAUGUGUGCAUUUGUCGUUUAUUUACAAUGUUUCGUCGAUCUUACUGAAUUGCACUAUUAUUGUGUGGAAUUCAAAUUUAUAAAUGGUGCCAAUGAUUUAAUAAGAAUUUUUGGGAUAAUAUAUGACUUAUUUUGGAAAUUCUCAAAUUUCAUACAUUGACAUUUUUAUAUGCAUGUCAGCGAGUUUAUGCGCCUGCUUAAUUCAGCAUUUUGAUCGACGAAACGCUGUGGCGAUAAAACCUUAAGACUGACACAUCGGCGAAAGAAAUUUUAUUGUAAAGAUUAUUUUUAAGAGUUUAUAUUGUAUAUUAUUAUUUUUAUUGCGAGAAUGACAAUUUUAAUGAUGUUUCAUAUGUGAUAGUUUUGAAGUACGUUUAAUUGUCAUGUUUCAAGUUUUUAUGGGUAGAAAAGACACGACUUUUUAAGAAAACAAAAAAAAAACACUUUAGUACGGCUAGAGAAAGUGUAUGCGGCUCUCGUAGUUUCAAAACAAUUUUGUAUACAGACAAAAUAUAAUGUAUACAAUCGCAUUAAGUCAAAAUUAUGAAAAUGAGAAUUCAACAAAAAAUCUUAUGAGUAAAGUGUUACUAAUUAGAUUCUAUUCUCGAAUCUCAAUUUUGAUUUCCACAUCAUUAGUGAAACGAUAGUUAAAAAAGCCUGUCAUUGAAAGAUAGAAUUAUAUUCGAGGUAUUAACAAGCAUUGUAUUUAUAGCUUAUUUGUAUGAUGUAUGCGUGAAGUUUACGUAUAUUAGCGAACAUAAGAUAUAAAAAAACAACAAAUAUAAAAACAUAGGUAAGAAAAAAAAUAACGAAAAAUGAAAAUAUAUAGUUUUUAAGUUAUUUUCUGAAAGUGUGUCAUCGAAGAGUUUAUACGUGUGGAAAAAAAUCCUCGUAAACCUUCUCGUUAAUAAUUUGUCAUUUAUAAGCGUAUACAUAAAGUGUACGUUUAAAAAAAAUGCGUUCGAUACAGUCGUUGAUAGACGAAAUUGAAAGUGGGAACCUCGUGUAUUUUUGUUCUAUCUCCUAUUUUAUCGAAAAGAAUAAGCAGUGAAUUUAUGAAAAAAAUAAUGAAUAUAGCAAGACAAUAAGUGAAUUUUGUACUGUACAGUUUUGAAUGUUGAUCGUGCGUGGAAUUUUUUAAAGUAAGACAAAUUUUAAUGACGAUAAUUCUUUGCCAGAGGUUCCCAUGUAAAAUCAGUCCGCCGACGAUUGCCGAGCCUUCGCUUAGAGGUAAUAUUUAUAUUGUAUUUGUAUCACCCACUAGUGGCCUUAUCUCUCUAUGAAUGAUAUUGAUGCAUUAAGUAAUUAACACUCCUGUAAUAAGCCUCAUUACUUAUUAAUUAUUUUAGCCAGCAAUUUUGUCAUUGCAAUUGAGCGUUUGCCUACCACCGUUGUAAAAAACCAUCAGAUUGAGAUUGUAUUUCGUACGGACUUUUUGAAGAUUUUUCCACACUUUUGCGUAACAAGAUGAAAAAAGAACACUAACUAAAACAUAAGUAAAUACCAAAAUGUAAUUCUACGUAUGACGAACUAACAGAGAGUUUUUAACCUGCUGUAUAGCUUUUAUCCUCGUGAUAGAUUUCGUCGCCAAGUUACUUCUCAGUCGUCAAGUUUUUAAAUUACCACUCCAGAUCAAAGCGAAUAUUUUUUCUUUUCAUUUCUGGCAAAUAGAGCGAGUAAAACUUAAAUUGACUGAGAUUAAAAAAGGUGCGUGGAUAAAGGUAAAAAAGGCAAAGGCUGAACUCUAAUUAAUUUGCAAGCUAAAGUCGUGUGACAAAAGAAAAUGUGUGUAAAUGUUCACAGAACGAGUAAGAUUUAUAUAUUAUUUUGGAUAAAAAUAAUUUGUAUAGCUAGUCACACGGAUGGUGAAGACAGUAGGUAGUGAGUAACGCACACGCGAAAUUACGAAUAUAGCGAUAAACGGAAGGAUCACGUGUGCAAUGAAUGAGCUGACAAAGAACGAUAAAGCCAGGCCAGAAAAAUGACAAGAUUCGACACAUUCGUCUGCAGUAGUUGUUAAUUUAAAUAUUGUAAUUUACGUUGAUCGACUGAGAGGGGUGAACAUUGAUUUAUUAUAAUUACUAUUGUCAAUAUUCUUAUAAAUGCUGAUUUUUGUUGCAAUAAAACACUAUCAUGUAACA